AUGCGAAAGGUCAAAAGCAUACCGGAUACCUUCACGUCAUUGCACACUUAUUUGAACUCGUUCAAAUGCCCUCUGAUUGAAGAAGUACAUGCUGAUGUCUUUUCAUCAUUGGACGGUUAUGCUCAGGCAAACUUUAUAGAAAUAAUGUGGGUGGAGAAACUUGAUGAUGAGAAAUCAAUAUUCUGUUUUGAGGUUUCCGAGCCAUCAAAGAAUCCGAAGUCGAGGGAGACAUACGAUCCCAAAGAAGGGGACAUCAUGGUUGUGUCCUUGCAGAAACCACAACAUGUGUCUGAUUUGACACAAAAUAAGGGAUCAUAUGUUUUAGGUUCAGUUCUAAAAUGUGGAGACAAAGAAGACGGAGACAUCCCACCCAAUUGUUGUAUUGUUCGGUUUUCAUCCACUAUUCCUGUUGAAGUAGAUCCAGAAACAAAAAUUCCUACGGGGCCAUCAUUUGCUGUGUUUCUCAUAAAUAUGAAGACAUACAACCGUAUAUGGGGUUGCCUUUAUGCGGAAGGAGAGCAUCAGAACGGAAACAGUAGUACUGGCAUCGUCGAUCUGGUGUGGCGAUACAAGCAAAGGAUAAAUGAUUUACUUGCCAUCUGCCCUUGA